AAGACUGGAGUAAAACACGACGACGCUAUAAAGUCUCAAAACCGGAGAGGCGUCAAAAUCACUGCUGACUGCUUCUGGUGGAGAAACGAAGUUGAGCUGAGACGGAGAGCUGCUGAAACCGCAGUAACUGUACGUCUAUGAGGAGUGUGGACUCUUCAGAGGAGACUGAAUAUGACGCCUGGUGGUUCCUCUAGUUUCUCCAGCAGCUGAGGACUGAGGGACGGCCGGGCAGCCUACCUGCCGCACCUGUCAGCCCGUUCGGACGCUCAUUUCUCUCUCGUUCCUCACACUCCACAGCUGGGGUGUUUUUUCAGCCCUCUCGUGUUCUCCCACCACAUCCAGGGUGUGAAAAAAUGACGGAGAAAACUGCUCCUUGGUGGAGGUCAUUUGUGGGGAAGAGGAGGAAGGCGGCCAGAGAGUCAGCAGCCAUGUUGGAACAAGAACUGGGAGCCCAUACUGCCUCGGCACCUGUCACUACCAACACGUCCACCACGAAGGAGAGCCCCACCAAGCCAGAGCAGCAGGAGGUUCCACAGCCUCAGCAGCAGGCGUCAGAGGUCAGCACGCUGUCGAAUGAAGACACAUAUGACGACUCAGCUGUACAGCCCACAUUCGGCGAGGGCCAUAGCCGCCGAAAUCUGCGCGUGUCCCGCUCAGGCCGCUUCAAGGAGAAACGGCACAUGCGCAUUAGUCUGCCGCAAAACUAUGAAGACUCACAAAAUCCUGCAGGUCAAGGAGAGACACGGAUCCCACGCUGACUAGAAGACCAUGGUUCCCAAUCCUGGUCCUGGCCUACUCCCUGUCCUGCACGUUCCAGUGUUUUCUUUGCUCUAAUACUCUGAUUCAGUCUUCAUGAGAGGCAGUGUAUUCUUAAAACUAAAAGGAUAAUAGCUUUCACUGCCACAGAACCUUCUGAAGUUCUUCAGACUUCACAAAGCUUCUUCACACUCGCAUUUACAAAAUGGUUCUUUAAAGAACUAUCCUUUGAAAGAUUCUUUAAUGAUUCCUAUACGGCACUGCUCCAGAGAACCUUAUUCGCACCUUUAUUUCAAUGAGUGUGGGGGUAUUAGAGCAGGCAAAACGUUUAAAAUGUGCAGGGGAGGGGUGCUAAAAGACCAUACACUGCUACUAGGGGACCACCAAUAUGAAGGGAAUGGCAGAAACAGAUAACCUCAAGGAUUUACAGUGGACAAAGUCUCUCUGUUAAACUGUUUUUUACCUCUGAGGAACUGAGGUGUUGCACUUAUGUUAUUGUAGUUCUUACUACAGACCUUUGGCCUAUAAGAAAUGAAGAUACUAUAUAUUGAUAUGAAGUAUAAUAGUUGCUAUUUUGCUCUCUAGAUGCAGAGGGCAGGUAAAAUUAUUUAAGGUGCACAACUGGAUCUUAAAACCACUGUUUUACCUGUGAAGGUACAUUUACAUUGUUUGUGCUUUGAUGAUUGGAAAAUGUUCCAGCACAGAACCUUUAUUUCUAACAGUGUAGACGUAAAAAAGUCGCCACAAAUGGUUCUUUGAGUGAUGCCAGAGCCCCUAAAGAACCAUGUUACAAAAAUAUUUGUGAGUGUGAAGCAGAGUUCAAAUGAUCUUCACAUGGUGUUCUUUCUAGAACCUUUAUGUUAUGUGGAGGUUCUUUAAACUUUGAAAGGUUUCUUCACACUCACACAUCUCACUUACAAAAAUGGUUCUCCAGUGUAUCAUCCAUUUGAAAAGCUCUUUAGAUAAUGAAUACCAUUCUUCUUAGGCAUUGUGAAAAGAACCUUUAUUUUUAUGAGUGUAUUUUUUUAU